CGCUCCUAAUUUUGGGUUGUUCUUCCUCCUUCCCCUCCUUCAAAUGAGAGGAGCCUGACCUCCCUCUCUCGUCUUCCCAACAUUCCCGCUCUCCUUCCUCCUGCCGCGGCGCUGUCGUGAUACGGCAGCUGCUGCGAGGCAACGCGGCAACCCGCCAUCCCAUUCGGAGGAGGGAAGGCAACGUUAACGGCGGCGCAUUCGAUAGCCUGCACACAUUACAUCGUUGCAGGGAAACCAUUGCACAGGACAUGGCCAACAGCGGCAGAGAGCACAAGCGUGGCGUUCCACGUCCACCACCAUUGUCGCUCUUCAUCGGUAGGGAACAAGAGGUCUCCAUGACCGCGCAGGCACCUGUGACGCGGACACACCCGGCCGCCGCCGGCAACAACAAGAAGAGGAUGCUGUCCAAGCAGCUGUCCAUGAAGGAGACCACCAGGGAGGUCAAGUGGGAGAAGCGCCGGCGGCAGAUUCAGCGGCAGAGAAGCAGCAUGGGCAUGUACGACGCUGACCGCGAGGCCAGCGCCAGCAUGAACGCCAUCGGCAACGGCGUGACCGACGAGGACCUUGACGAACUGAAGGGGUCUAUGGAGCUUGGGUUCGGGUUCAACGAGGAGAACGGCGGGCAGAACCUCUGCGACACGCUCCCCGCCCUUGACCUGUAUUUCGCCGUCAACCGGCAACUCUCAGAGCCCAAGAUGCGGGUGUGCAGCCGCUCGUUGCCAUCCCUUUCCAUGGCGAGAUCCUCAUCUUCCACACAGUCGAGCCCGGGCGGUAGUCCUAUGGCGCAGCACUCUCUCCUUGACUCGCUGAAAAUUUCCAGUCCAGGCGACAACCCUCAGCUUAUCAAGACAAGGCUUAGGCAAUGGGCUCAGGUAGUUGCUUGUUCUGUGAAGCACUCUAGCUGAAAACCUCUGCAACUGACUACUCUUCCUGAAGAACCGUUGUUGUACCGAUUGUUUCGAUAGCUGGCGAGUGAGAGGACAUGACCGGUGCUACCUAUUAACACAACGUCGUAACCUUGUUGCUCUGGUGACGCCCCAUGCAUGGCUCUUGUGCAUAGUUUAGUGCGUAUGUAUGUGCUGGCAACAUUUGUGCGCCGUCCCUGUACUGACAGGACAACAUUUGAUACAAGGACAUUCUUCAUGUUCAUCAA